AUAAUUUUACAAGUGCUUUCUUUUUAGUUUCUAAACAUUUGUUCACAUAUGGCCAAUACUAAAUUACAGGCAAAUAAAAUACUACUAUUCAAUUUAUCCAUAUAGUACAUUUAUGCACAAAUGCACACAUAUCAUAAUGCAUAAAUCAUAUAAACAAUCAGUUAUUGUUUUUUUUCUUCAUUUAUUUGUGUUGUACUGUAAAGAAUUCACAGUUGUGCUUUGUUAUUGUUGUUUUCUUUCAUUGUGUUACUAUAAGUUUUAUGGGUUGUAACAUGAGAUAAACUGAACUGUUCAUUGGCUAUUAAAUCUUGUCUUGAUUCUAUUGUUCUUCAUAUCCUUCUUCCUCACAUCCUUAUUUCUUUCUUUUUUUUCCUCUACAUCCUUACACUCAUGGUUCUCUCUAUGGAAUAGUUAUUCUUAAUGAAAAUUAUAACACCUAAAUAUAUACACAUAGAUAUACGCACGGAAUGACAAGUAUCAUAGUUAUAUAAAAGCGUGAAAAUUGUUCACUGAUCAUAAAAUAAACUAUGAAACAUUGAACAGAUUAAUAAUUAUGUUAUGAUUAACAGACAAUCGAAUUAUUUCUAUUUAAUUAUCAAUUUGUACAUAAUUCUGAUGAAGUUUUACCCAGUAAACACAAAACCGGGAUGAUAAAAAUAUUAGAUACAGAGAAUAAUUCAUGAUUGAAUAAAAUGGCAAUAAUGCACAACGGUUGGAUAUGGCGAAAAUAUAAUUCCCUUAUAUUUAUUGUAUUACUUACUGAACUUUAUACAUAUUUAUGCAAAUAUUAUUAUCCACAUUUCUUGUAUAUCAAUUUUCUGAAUGGAGUUAAUGGUCAAUUAAAUCUUUGGGUAGAUCGUCAAUUAGUUAUACAGAUUAUUGAAUCAAUGCCACAUAAUCAAAAUAUCCCUAGUAAAUUACGUUGUCCAAGAAGACUACCUGAAAUUCAUAGACAUAUACCUGAACAUUUGUUCCUUGUUUUCAAUGGACUACUUUUACACGAAGCACUGGAUCGCAUUUCAUUAUCUGCCCAUAGACCUAUCCCUCCACGCAUUGAUAUGUUGCGCGUUAAGUGGAGAGCUGGUUUUGAACGUUUAACUUACAAUAUUGAUUUGAAGUCAAUGAACCAUACACUACUGCAUACUCCACUUCUGAAUAUUGCCAAAUCUGGUUAUAUACCAGCUACUCAGUCAGAUGUACAAAUUUCCCUACCAUGUACUGGAAGAUUUACUGGUAUAGCUCCAUUUCAAGUAAGAUUAGAUGUUCAAAGAGAAUUUGAAGGUUUAAGGAAAAUUCCACCAAUUUCAUUUAUCGUAUACAAAUAUUGUCUUAGUGCAUCUCAACACACGCGAUUCAUUAUCAAAUGCGAAUGUCGCGCUCAAUGCUUACAAUCAAACACAUACAACCACCGACAUCCAAUUCGAAAGCGCUGUAUCCGACGUUGCAGAAAACGUUUUGGACUAAAUAAUCCAAACCCGAAACAGACUAAAUGAAAACCAAUAUUCGGAGGACAAAGACGAAGAUAUUGUAGAGAACUAGUUUUCCAUUUUGACAGUUAUCAACAUACAUGAUAAAUUCUCAAACGAUAAAUUCUUUAAAACUGAUAGACAUUUAAGUGCUUCUGAAAAACCUAACGUAAUGAAAGUUCCUCUUUUCCAAAAAUUAGAAAUUAAAGCUACCAAGAUUUACUUUAGAUAAUAUUAUACCUGAGCUACAUGCAGUGUAUCUGUAACACGAAUCUAAAAGUGUAACAACAGUGAUAUCUCAAUAACCUAAAUUCAAGGUGUGAACAUUAAUUGUUAUUAAAUUAAUUAUACUACUUUUUACUAAC